AUGUUGAUUGAACUAUUCCCUCCUAAUGAAGUAGUUCGAAUCAAACAGAUGAUUCCAGGGGACAUUAGUGACUACUACACAUGGGCUUUCUCAAAUCAUGGAGCGUACACGGUCAAAACGGGUUUCAAUGUGCUAGUUAAAGCUAAAUCUAAACCGGUGAACAUGAUCCCUCCUCGAGAACAGGCGCAAAUUUCUCUGAAGAAAAGAGUCUGGAAAAUACCUACCUUGCCUAAGAUUAGAAUGUUUCUUUGGAGAGUGAUUUCUGGAGCGGUAGCGGUGGCUGAACGGCUGAAUUCUAGAGGGCUAAAUGUGGAGACAAGGUGCAAAUUAUGUAAUGGAGGUUCUGAAUCCAUCAACCACGUCUUGUUUCAAUGUUCAAUGGCGACACAGAUAUGGAGAGAUGCAGCAAUAGUAAUUCAUCCAGAUGCCUUGAGCCUUCAGUUAGAAGAUAACCUCAAGUAUAUCUUUGAUGCAAUGGAGGAUACUAGGAUAGCUCAAGUGUCUCGACGAAAAAUCCCUUGGGUCUUAUGGCUCAUAUGGAAAAAAAGGAACUCCAUUAUUUAUGGCAAAACGCAGAGAUCCAUAGGGCAGCUGCUAUCUGAUGUUGAGGAUGAGGUGGAGCAAUGGUUCACGGUUAACAAACCCACCACACAGGAGCAGCAGGUCAGUAACAGAGCUCUGCAUUGUGACAGAUGGCUCCCGCCUGAGCCUGAGUUCAUGAAGUGCAACUUACAUGCAAACUGGCGGAAUGCUCACUUACACAGUGGGUUAGCUUGGAUCACAAGAGAUCACCAAGGCAAUGUAGCUCAUCAUGCUCGGGAUGCGAUCACCUUUGCACCUAACCGUUUCACUGCAGAGCUCCGUUGUGUAAUAUGGGCACUACAGAGCUUACAUGAUCUUGGAGCUUCUAAAAUUAUUAUCGCUUCAGACUAUCAAGAGGUGAUAGAUGCCAUCAAAGCUCCGCAACAAUGGCCUAAGUUUCGAAGCUUAUUAGAAGAAAUCAGAAGGCUUAAGGAAGGUUUCUCUGCAGUAAUCUUUGAAGGAGAAAAGACUACGGCUAAUGCUAUUGCUCGAGACCUAGCAAAGAGCGUAUUACGUGAUGGAAGAUUUCAGUCAUAUCUAGCGCUAGGAGGCCCUUCCUGGCUUAGCGAGAGGAUUGCGAGAGAACACAAUGGAAACGACGUUUGA